CUUAUAUUCUGCAGGUUGUCCUCCUCCUCCUCCGUCUCCUUCUCCUCCUCCUCCUCCUCCUCCUCCUCCUCCUUGCAUCCCUCUUCCACCUCUUCCAGUGUAUCAAAAGCCGGCAAGGAAGAAGGAGGAAGAGGAAGAAGAGGAAGGAGUUGAAAUACACAGUCCCGACUACAUCAGCACCUUCUACUACAACAACCACCACCACCGCCAGGAUGACCAACCCACUACGACCACUACUACUACUACUAUUCCUAACCACUACUACUAUUGCCACUACCACCACUCCACGACCAUGCCCAGCAACGACUAUCCCGCCUGCUCCAACGACUACCACUACUACAGCUGCUACUGGGGCCUCUAACUUGGGAUUGCAACUACUCCAGAAACUUGUCGAACCUAUCACUUCUAACACUACUCAGAACACUCUUAUUUCCCCUUAUAGUAUUUGGGUGGUUUUAGCGCUGGUUUACAUAGGUUCAGAAGGAAACACGGAGAAGGAGUUGAGGGAAGCUUUAGGAUUGACGCAGAAGACCGGAACGACCGCCCUCCUGAAGCAGUAUGAGACGAGCGUGAAUGGCCUCGGCGUGCAAGACUCAGAGAUAUCACUGGAUUCUGCGACAAGACUUUACGUGGACGACAAACUCCCUCUCGCUUGCUGUAAGGUUGAAUUAGCCGAUGAACUCGUGAGCCUCGACCUGAGUAAGACGGAGCUCGCUGCAAAAACCAUCAACAACUUCGUAAACACUACCACAAAAGGUCUAAUUCCAAGCAUCAUUGAUCCUCCCCUACUCGCGGGCAAUACUAAGAUGGUCGCUGUUGGCGCUGUGUAUUUCAAGGGGGCUUGGCGGUACCCUUUCAAGGCCGCGCUCACCGAACGUCGGCCAUUCCAACUUCUGGGAGGGGAGGAGGUCAUGGUGGAUACAAUGAGGAGAAAUGACGUUCUGAUUGGGAGGGCCCUCGUUUGUGAACUCAGCGCUGAGGUUGUUCAACUCCCUUACUCCACCGGCUUGGUCAACAUGACGAUCUUGCUUCCAAACGAAAACUCUCCCAGCGACUUUACAAGAACCCUGAACGCCCUCAACAUGAACACACUCAGAGCGGCUUGGUCAAAAUUGGAUUACGACGUCUACGAUAUCACCUUGCCCAAGUUUGAGGUCAGGUCUGAGUUUGCUGAGGAUAUGAAAUCGGCAUUAAAGACUCUGGGGAUCAGUGAUGUGUUCGACAGUGCCCACGCUAACCUGACUUCGUUUAAUGAGAACUUAUUCGUUAAACACUUCAUCCACAAGACGGUCGUGAAGGUGGACGAGGAGGGGACGGAGGCGGCAGGAGCAACAGCGGCGGUUAUUGUGACCAAGAUCGGGAAGAUUGUGUUCGUAAAUAGUCCCUUUAUUUACCUUAUUCAUGACAGUGAGACCAUUUUCUUCAUCGGUACUUAUAUGAAGCCGUAGAGAGAGUGGGUGUCGGGGGUUGCCUUCUUGGGUUUUCUCUUCGAUUUUCUUUGUUUUUCUUCAUUGGUAACUUUUUUUAUGAAGCUGUAGAGAGACUGUGUGUUGGUUUGUUUGUUUUUUCUUCUUUGUUUUUCUUUGUUUGUCUUUAUUUUCUUUUCCUUCUUCUUCCCGUCUUUAUUUUCUUCCUUUUUCUUCUUGUUUAUCUUCUUCUUAUCAUUGUUUUUCUUCCCUGUCUUCUUUUUUUGUUCCUGUUCUUUUCCUUCGUUCUUGUUGUCUUCUUCUUCUUCUUCUUCUUCCUCGUGUUCACUCUCUCCUUGUUCUUCUUCCUCCUCUUCCUUCUUCUUCUCCUUCCUCCUCCUCUUCUUUCUUCUCUUCCUUGUAGAUCUCGUUCUUCUUCUUCAUCCUCCUCCUGUUCUUCUUCUUCCUCUCCUUCUUGUGAUUCUUCUUCCCCCUCCUCCUCCUCCUCCUCUUCCUCACCUUCCUCCCUUUCCUCUACUUCCUCCUCUUAUUGUUCUUCCUCCAUUUCUUUCUUGUGUCUCAUCCUCUUCCUCCUCCUCCUUUCAAUCAAUCAAUCAUCAUUUUUUCUUCCGCCAUCUUCUCAUCCCUAAUCAUGUUUUCCUCCUCCUCUCUCUCACGCGGCUUUGUUUUGUUUUGGUAAUGUUGUUGAUUUUCAGUAUUUUUAACGGAGUAACUAUUGUGAUUCUUCUUUUUCUUAUUAUUAUUGCGAAUGUUGUUGUUUAAUGUUGUUGCUUUUUACCAUAGACUUAAUUCACGGUUGUUGUUGCUAUUGUGUAUGUGUUUUGAAAGGCCAAUUGUCAUUUAGUGUUUUAAAAGGCUUUGGGCCAUUUAGUGUGUUUUAAAAGGCUUUGGGCAUCUUAAUAUAUGUUAAUUAUGAAAUCUUAUUGUAUUGAGAGAGUUUAGAGCCAUUUAGUGAGUUUUAAAAGGCUUUGGGCAUCCUAGUAUAUAUGUUAAUCAUGAAAUCUUACUGUAUUGAGAAAGUUUAAAGCCAUUUAGUGUGUUUUAAAAGGCUUUGGGAUCUUAAUAUAUACGUUUAAUAUGAAAUCUUACUGUGUUGAGAAAGUUUAGAGCCAUUUAGUGAGUUUUAAAAGGCUUUGGGCAUCUUAAUAUGUCAAUUAUGAAAUUUUACUGUAUUGAGAAAGUUUAAAGCCAUUUAGUGUGUUUUAAAAGGCUUUGGGAUCUUAAUAUAUACGUUUAUUAUGAAAUCUUACUGUAUUGAGAAAGUUUAGAGCCAUUUAGUGUGUUUUAAAAGGCUUUGGGCAUCCUAAUA